AUGACUAUCAAGACUGAAGAUCGGCAAGACUUAAGAGCAUGCAAUGCAAUACUUUCAAAGCACUGGAGACGGAGGGUCCCGUGGGCUGCGAGGGAGCUCGAAGAGUGGAAGAGCAGCGUUGUUCUAGAUCUGGAGCGCCCCCGCGCCCCACCAAGGUGGAUGCGCUGCGGGACGGACCCGGAGCUUUACGGUAACCCAGAGGCGGAGCUUUACGCGGUUGUGGGUCGAGCAUUUUGCUGCUUGUGGUUUGGCCAGCUUGACAUCCUGGCGACCGCCAAUCCUCCGUGCCGCGCCUCCUUGGCCGCGGCGGCCCAAGCCCCCUCCGACGUGACACUCGUGGUGGUAGUCCACGGUGGUGGAGCCAGCAACAUUUCGGACAUCCGGAAAGACCGGGUGCGCGAGGGCAUUGCCAAAGCGGCAACCGAGGGCUACAACAUUCUCAAGGCCGGAGGGAGUGCGGUAGAUGCCGUGGAAGAAGCCGUGGCUGUCCUGGAAAACGACCCGGAGUUCAACGCAGGUUGUGGGUCUGUCCUGAAUGUAAAUGGUGAUGUUGAGAUGGAUGCUAGUAUCAUGAAUGGGAAGGACCUGUCUGCGGGAGCAGUGUCUGCCGUGCGCUGUGUCGCCAAUCCCAUUAAACUUGCACGGCUUGUUAUGGAAAAGACACCUCAUUGCUUUCUGACUGGCCAUGGUGCAGAGAAAUUUGCAUCAGAUGUGGGGAUACCAGGGGUUCCUGCAGAAAAGCUGAUAACGGAGAGAAGCAAGAAGCACCUGGAGAAAGAGAAGUUUGGGAAGGGGAUGCAGAAAACUGACUGCUUUAAAAACUCAGGAACAGUAGGUGCUGUUGCCUUGGACGCCAAAGGAAACGUGGCUUAUGCAACCUCUACAGGGGGGAUUGUCAAUAAAAUGGUUGGCCGAGUUGGAGACUCACCUUGCAUAGGAGCUGGAGGUUACGCAGAUAAUAACAUCGGAGCCGUUUCAACCACUGGACAUGGGGAAAGUAUCCUGAAGGUGAAUCUGGCCAGACUCGCCCUCUUCCAUGUUGAACAAGGAAAGAGCGUAGAUGAGGCUGCUGAGUUGGCAUUGGAUUAUAUGAAGUCAAAGCUCAAAGGUCUAGGUGGCCUCAUCUUGGUCAGCAAAACAGGAGAGUGGGUAGCAAAGUUUACCUCUGCCUCCAUGCCCUGGGCAGCAGUGAAGAAUGGCAAGCUGCAGGCCGGCAUUGACGUUUGUGAAACUAAAACCAAGGACCUGUCCUAAGCACCAGAAGAUUGUAACCUGCCUGCUUGCCUGGAAGUGUGAAGUUCAGCUGCCUGGUGUGGAGACCUAGCUUAAUCAAUUAGAUGUAGACAUGGAAAACUUA